GUGACCAAGGUCGAACUUCAACUCGUCCAAACUUUGGGCACAUCUGGCGCUCGCGCUAUUGCCGCCUUUGAGAUACAGGGUCGUCACUACUUGGCGAUCCCUCAAUUAGCGGAGGACAUCCCCAAUGGCGCUGUUGGCAUGAAUCUUGGAAAUAGUGACACUACUCUGCUACUCUACAGACUUCACGAAGGUAGUGGGGAAUAUCAAGUUUUCCAAACGUUGCCAGUCCCUGGUGGUGAAGAUGCCGAAUUCUUCACUAUUGACGGUCGGAGCUUCCUAGCUACCGCAAGUCUGCGCUCUGGCCAAGGUCCAUAUAACAUGGAUGUCGAGUCAAUAAUUUUUGAGUGGAAUGGAACCUCUUUUGUCGAAUUCCAGCGCAUCGCCACCUUUGCGACAAAGCAAUGGAGAUAUUUCAGUAUCAAGGGACGACACUUUUUAGGUCUCGCUCAAGGGGUUCAGCUCCCCAAUCUCAUACCUAAAAUCCCAGCGGACUCCGUCAUUUACGAAUGGGAUGGUAACAAGUUCCAGACAUUCCAGAAAAUUCCGUCAAAAUGGGGCUAUAAUUAUCUUCACUUUGCCAUUGGCGAAGAGGAUUACCUUGCUUACGCCGACCAUGUUGAGCCGUCAAUCAUUUUGCGGUGGGACGGAAAUUCUUUCGUUCAUUUUCAAACCCUUGAUGGUGCGCAUGGACGUGCAUUUGCGUUCUUUCAAGAUAAAAAUGAGUCCUAUCUUGCUUUUGCCCUGUUGACAGAGGAUAGCGUUCUCUAUCGAUGGAAUGGUACGGCUUUUGAUAUUCAUCAGAAGCUAACUACAGGACCAGGCGGUCGUGAACUAGCCGUGGUUCAACAGCAUGGUCAAAUAUACCUAGUACUUGUGAAUUUUAUCACAGGGACGAGAGAAAAUCCAGUCACAGACCUUCAGUCGGCCGUUUUUGUCCUGGAAAAUGGCCAGCUCAAAGAGGUAGCCAAAUUCCCAACUUUAGGAGGAACAGACGCCACUCCGGUGGUAAGAGACAAUCAGAUUUAUCUUCUCGUCAUCUCUUGGAAAGGAAGUUCCCGCUGCUACAGCCUUGUACCUGCGGCAGAAUCUGCAGCAAGCCAAGCUGGUAGAAGUUCCAGACGCGGAUCAUUUUUUGCAUGUGACGCGACCGGCUAUAAUUAA